AUGCAAUUUUUACUCUCAUUAUUCUUCAGCCGACAUUUACUCACCAACGUACUCCUUUUUCUGUCUAUUAUUGUGCCCUCAUUUACUCACCAGAGUACUCUUUUCUCUGUCUAUCAGUGUGCCCUCAAUUACUCACCAGAGUACUCUUUUCUCUGUCUAUCAGUGUGCCCUCAUUUACUCACCAGAGUAAUCUUUUCUCUGUCUAUCAUUGUGCCCUCAAUUACUCACCAGAGUACUCUUUUCUCUGUCUAUCAGGGUGCCCUCAUUUACUCACCAGAAGUACUCUUUUCUCUGUCUAUCAUUGUGCCCUCAAUUACUCACCAGAGUACUCUUUUCUCUGUCUAUCAGUGUGCCCUCAUUUACUCACCAGAGUACUCUUUUCUCUGUCUAUCAUUGUGCCCUCAUUUACUCACCAGAGUAAUCUUUUCUCUGUCUAUCAUUGUGCCCUCAAUUACUCACCAGAGUACUCUUUUCUCUGUCUAUCAGUGUGCCCUCAAUUACUCACCAGAGUACUCUUUUCUCUGUCUAUCAUUGUGCCCUCAUUUACUCACCAGAGUACUCUUUUCUCUGUCUAUCAUUGUGCCCUCAAUUACUCACCAGGGUACUCUUUUCUCUGUCUAUAAUUGUGCCCUCAUUUACUCACCAGAGUACUCUUUUCUCUGUCUAUCAUUGUGCCUCAAUUACUCACCAGAGUACUCUUUACUCUGUCUAUCAGUGUACCCUCAUUUACUCAGAGUACUCUUUUUCUCUGUCUAUCAUUUGCCCUCAUUUACUCACCCAGAAGUACUCUCUUUUCUCUGUCUAUCAUUGUGCCCUCAAUUACUCACCAGAGUACUCUUUUCUCUGUCUAUCAUUGUGCCCUCAAUUACUCACCAGAGUACUCUUUUCUCUGUCUAUCAGUGUACCCCUCAAUUUACUCACCAGGGUAUUCUUUUCUCUGUCUAUCAUUGUUGCCCUCAUUUACUCACCAGAGUAAUCUUUUCUCUGUCUAUCAUUGUGCCCUCAUUUACUCACCAGAGUACUCUUUUCUCUGUCUAUCAGUGUGCCCUCAAUUACUCACCAAGAGUACUCUUUUCUCUGUCUAUCAUUGUACCCUCAUUUACUCACCAGGGUACUCUUUUCUCUGUCUAUCAUUGUGCCCUCAAUUACUCACCCAGGGGUACUCUUUUCUCUGUCUAUCAUUGUGCCCCUCAUUUACUCACCAGAGUACUCUUUUCUCUGUCUAUCAGUGUGCCCUCAAUUACUCACCAGAGUACUCUUUUCUCUGUCUAUCAUUGUGCCCUCAAUUACUCACCAGGGUACUCUUUUCUCUGUCUAUCAUUGUGCCCUCAUUUACUCACCAGAGUACUCUAUUCUCUGUCUAUCAGUGUGCCCUCAAUUACUCACCAGAGUACUCUUUUCUCUGUCUAUCAGUGUGCCUCAAUUACUCACCAGAGUAAUCUUACUCUGUCUAUCUCUUUUCUCUUUUCUCUGUCAUUGUGCCCUCAAUUACUCACCAGAGUACUCUUUUCUCUGUCUAUCAGUGUGCCCUCAAUUACUCACCAGAGUAAUCUUUUCUCUGUCUAUCAUUGUGCCCUCAUUUACUCACCAGAGUACUCUUUUCUCUGUCUAUCAUUGUGCCCUCAAUUACUCACCAGAGUAAUAUUUUCUGUCUAUCAUUGUGCGAUCAAUUCACUUUUCUUUUUGCCUGCUUUGCAAUACUAUUUUCUCUGUCUGCUAUCAUUGUGCCCAUCAAUUCUUCUCUGUCACCAAUUUACUCUUUUCUCUGUCUAUCAGUGUCUUUUCUCUACCUCAAUUACUCACCAGCGUAAUCUUUUUCUCUGUCUAUCAUUAGUCUCUGUCUAUCAUUGUGCCAUCAUUUACUCACCUGCGUACUCUUCUUUCUUUGAGUCAUCAGUUCUAUCAUUGUGCCCUCAUUUACUCACCUAUGAGUAUCUCACCCUACAUUCUCUGUCUGAGUCAUCAGUUACUCAUUCUCUGUCUGCUUGCCAUCAGUUACUCACCAGAGUACUCUUUUCUGCCUGUCUAUCAGUUGUCACCAGCCUCUUUUUACUCAGUCUUCAGACUCACCAGCGUUUUCUCUCUCUAUCUUUGUGCCCUCAUUUACUCACCAAGUACUCUUUCUCUGCCUCUUUGUCUAUCACCAGCGUCUCUUUUCUCUGCCUGUUUGGUCAUCAAUUACUCACCAGCGUACUCUUUUCUCUGCCUCUUUGUCAUCAGUUAUCAUUGUACUCUUUUCCCUAUGAGUCAAUCAGUUACUCACCAGCGUACUCUUUUUCUCUGUCUAUCAGUUACUCACAAGUACUCUUUUUCUCUGCUCAAGUGAGUCAUCACCACAAGCGUAAUCUUUCUCUCUUUGAGUCAUCUAUCACCUGUGCCCUUUUCUUGCCUCAGUCAGAUUUACUCUUUUCUCUGUCUAUCAUCAGUUACCUCAGUACUCUGCCCAGAGUAAUCAGUUAUUAUUGCAAAGCAUUGCCUGCUUUGAGUCUUCAAUUACUCCCCAGCGUACUCUUUUCUCUGCCUGCUUUGUCAUCAGUUACUCAAGCGUACUCUUUCACCUGCUUUGAGUCAUCAGUUACUCACCAGCGUACUCUUUUUCUCUUCUUUAGUUCAGUUGUGGCGUACUCUUUCUCUGCUUGCUUUUUCAUCAGUUACUCACCAUGCUCUUUUUCUCUGCCUUCGUUGCAUUAUCAAUUCUCUGCCUGCUUUGAGUCAUCACUGCUACUUUGA